GUUCAGUUCGUGUUUACGUUUCCCCCAUUGAGCUUUAUCUAAUUUUGUGGAUAGAAGUGCACCGAGAUUUGUUUCAUUUUGAACUCAAAAUUUAACUAAGACAAAAGGAUUCAAUAAUAAUUUAAUUAAUUUCCCAACUAUAAAGGAUACAAUUUUAAUAAAGAAAAAACAAUCUUAAAAUCGUCUCUUCUGUCGGUCUGUGCGGUGGUGUGGUGCAGUGUGCUGCUGCUUCUUUCCUCAUACAAAAAGUGACGCAGUUUAGUGUGCUCUCUCCUGCUGGUUCUGAUUCCUGCUGCUGUCUUUUUUUAAUUUUUGUUGGUGUUGUUUUGUAUUACAAUACGAAACGAAUGACAGCAGCUGUCAUUUCUAAAGUCGCUUCGCGUUCAAAAAAGGAUUCGCUAUUUUGAAUAAAAAUAUUACAAAAAAAUAAGAAACAAAUUUGUUCAAUGGUUUCUUAAUUUGUUUUCUUUGAGUUUUUGUGUUUAAUUAAAAUAAAGAAAAUUUAAUUUUCUUUAAUUUGUGUGCCAAAGAUUCUCACUUUAAUUUUUGUAUGUUUCUUUUAAUGAUUUGCUGAAUAAAAUUCUGUGAUAACACAAAAAUAAAAACACAUAAAUGCUGAAUAAACAAUCUAUUUGGUGUUUUUCGUUCAAUAAUAAUUGUUUAUCGUCUUCGUCUGUUUGUUUGUUGGUCGAAUUUUAUUUAAAAUUUAAUUUUGUUUUGGUCGUGGACAAUGUGGAUUAAAUGAAGAGUCUGGGAUCAGAUAAUUACUCCGACGCCAGUGGCAUGCCUCAUUUUGGUUUAGGCGGAGGCGGUGGCGGUGGUGGCUACGCACAAACACCCCCAAGUCCGCCACAACAUCAUGGUGGUAAUGCUUUGCUACCGCCAAGUCCACCACAACAUCAUAUGGGUCUUAUGCCGGCAGCCAGGAUGGCCGGUGGAGGCAAUGGAGGUGCCGGCCUUCUGCCCAGUGGAUCUGUGGUGCCGAAUUCAAUUUAUCGGCCACACAUCGAGGACAAGAAGUUGACGCGCGAUGCAAUGGAACGCUAUAUGCGGGAGCGAAAUGACAUGGUGAUUGUUAUAUUGCACGCCAAGGUUGCACAAAAAUCCUAUGGCAAUGAAAAACGUUUCUUCUGUCCUCCCCCGUGCAUUUAUCUCUUCGGAAGUGGCUGGCGACGGCGCUACGAAGAGAUGCUGCAAAAAGGUGAAGUUGAACAAGGUGCCCAAUUGUGUGCAUUCAUUGGUAUUGGCAAUUCAGAUCAGGAUAUGCAGCAAUUGGAUUUAAAUGGAAAGCAGUAUUGCGCAGCGAAAACGCUCUUCAUUUCUGAUUCAGAUAAACGAAAACAUUUUAUGCUCUCGGUAAAGAUGUUCUAUGGCAAUGGCCACGACAUUGGAGUCUUCAAUUCCAAACGCAUCAAAGUCAUAUCGAAACCGUCCAAAAAGAAACAAUCUCUUAAAAAUGCUGACCUCUGCAUAGCCAGUGGGACAAAUGUGGCGCUAUUCAAUCGUCUCCGAUCGCAAACGGUGUCCACGAGAUAUCUGCAUGUCGAAAAUGGUCAUUUCCAUGCGAGUUCGACUCAAUGGGGAGCAUUUACGAUACAUCUCUUAGAUGAUAAUGAGAGUGAAUCUGAAGAAUUUCAGGUUCGUGAUGGUUAUGUGCAUUAUGGUGCCACUGUUAAGCUAGUGUGCUCAGUUACCGGUAUGGCUUUGCCACGUUUGAUCAUUCGCAAAGUGGACAAACAAAUGGCGCUACUAGAAGCCGAUGAUCCAGUAUCGCAGCUACACAAAUGUGCAUUCUAUAUGAAGGACACUGAUCGCAUGUACCUGUGUUUGUCUCAGGAGAAAAUCAUACAAUUCCAAGCGACGCCUUGUCCCAAAGAACCAAACAAGGAAAUGAUAAAUGAUGGUGCGUGUUGGACAAUCAUUUCGACUGAUAAAGCUGAAUAUCAAUUCUAUGAGGGAAUGGGACCUGUUUCUUCACCUGUGACGCCGGUGCCAAUUGUCAACUCUCUCAAUCUAAAUGGAGGCGGUGAUGUUGCAAUGUUAGAGUUAAGUGGUGAUAAUUUUACUCCACAUUUGCAAGUGUGGUUUGGAGAUGUUGAAGCGGAAACAAUGUAUCGAUGUACAGAGACACUGUUGUGUGUUGUUCCAGAGAUUUCACAAUUUAGAGGCGAAUGGCUCUGGGUUCGCCAGCCAACGCAAGUGCCUAUCUCGCUAGUUCGAAACGAUGGCAUCAUCUAUGCCACUGGACUAACAUUUACUUACACUCCAGAGCCUGGGCCACGUCCUCAUUGCAAUCAGGCCGAAGAUGUUAUGCGUACGAGACACAAUAACAAUAACAUCAGUACAAUGAGCAACAACAACGCUUCGAUGAAUAAUCACCAUCAACAACAAACGCAACAACAGCAGCAGCAACAACACCAAUCGCUGCCUUCUAUAUCCGAUGUCCAAUGGAAUACACAUGGUGGGCUUCCUUGAGGUAUUAUUCAGCAAUUAAAACAUGCUUGUAUUGCUUUGGCAUUUUCUCUAAUCUCGAAUUUGAUUUUCCUAACUGAAAAUUGUAUUUUAUAGUUUUCUAUUUUUUUUCUCUCUUUUUCGUUUACUUUUUUUAAAAACAAGAAAAACUUUUUAUACUAUUUAUUAUGUAGCCAAUUUUCCUGAAAAUGUUUGUUUGGUUCCAAAGAAAAAAGCACCACUGAAUGUUUUACCGAUUGAUUUUUGUUUUUCAAAUUCAGGAAAACAAACAACGUUUUAUUUUCUCUAUUCCAUUGUCACUUUUUGACCUAAACUCUAUCUUUUUAGUAUUAAGGUACCUUCUAUAUAUCUGCUUAAAAAAUGAUACUAUAUAUGUAAUGUAUGUAUUUUUGUUUAAUAUUGAAAAAAAAACUUUCUUUUUGAUAUAAAUUAUUAUACAAACUAUAACAAAAAUAGAAAUCUAUUUUGCAUAUAAAACAUACAAGAAAAACAUAUUUUUUACAAAAUAAAAUAACAAAAAUAAGACAAAAGAACUUCAUACUUAGCCUAAGUGAUUUAAAAAUUAAAUAAAAUGAUAAAUGACAUUAAAAUGUUAAAACGACAUAAACAAAAACGAAAUAACUGUAUAUAUAGUUUUAUACAAGAAAAUCUGAUAUGUUUCUUCAAAAAUUGCGUAUUACUGAAACAAAAACAAUGAACAAAGAAACUUAUAACUAAGAGAAUCUUAUAAAAUAAAUUAUUUUGUAAAAAAAGUA